UAAGAUGCAACACCUUCUGACUACCAAUAGGAAAGCGUGUCUGCAUUUUGUCUUUCGUCUUCUCAUAGGAGCAGAAAACAUAAACUUUCAAGUUAGCGUUUUUCAUUUUCUUCUAUUUUUUUUCAGCGUCACACAAGGAAUUAUUUUUCUGCAAUGUGAAAAUCUGGACGAAAAUACUCUCACUUUGAACAUUUCCUUGAACUUGAAUGUUUUCAUCAGCUCUUAGCAUCAUAGCGGCUUCUGGCUCCUUGCUGCUCCCUGGACGCCAGCAAAGCAGCAUUUGUUUAAGCAGCUUUUCAGGAGACUGAGGUGGAGACAGAGUGUCGCUACAAGGGAAAAUGAUGAUGAAUUCUAAAGUGUUCAUUUUAAUUCAACCCAUUUUUUCCUUGGCUUUGGGGAUAGGAGUUCUUUGUGACAGUCAGGUGCCGUCACCCAGCACCAAGGAGACUUCGGUUUUAAGCAGUUCUCCAAACAACUUGAAUGGACAUGAUCCUAAAAUCAGAAUUCCUAAAGAUGAUCUUAAAAGAUCUUCUCCAUCUCCAUUAAGUGGGAAAAAGACUGAAAACUGCCUCAUUCCUUGUGAGUUGUCAGCAAAGCUCAUUAAAGAGGAGAAACACUACAUGUGCCGAAACCUACAGCACUCUCUUGUUUCCUACACAAGAAGCACCAGGAAAUUAAUCAGGGGCCUGAUGGAAGAUCAUCAAAAAUCACUGGACUCUCUUUCUAAUAUGGUCAGGGAACUGCUAAACAGAGUGCAGCUGCUGAGUACGGAUGCCUGGAGAAACAACGUGGAGGCUCAGCCUAAUAAGCCUGUGCAGUCACAUGGACUGGAUUGCAGUGACAUCAAAGACAAAGUAGGCUCAGUUUCCAAAAUUCCAAGUGGAAUUUAUAUCAUUCAGCCAGAUGGUACUGAUUAUCCAUUUGAGGUGUUUUGCGAAAUGGAUUAUAUGGAUGGUGGCUGGACAGUUAUUCAAAGACGACUGGAUGGCAAUAUUGAUUUUAAAAGGGGCUGGUCAGAAUAUAUGGAUGGAUUUGGGGACUUAUCUGGCGAACAUUGGUUAGGACUCAGGAAACUCUUCCAUAUUCUUAACCAGAAGAACACCAACUUUGCUCUACAUGUGGCACUGGAGUCCUAUGAUGAAACCUCUGCUUAUGCUUCUUACGAUAAUUUCUGGUUAGAAGAUGAAAACAGGUUCUUCAAGAUGCAUUUGGGCCGUUACGCUGGAAGUGCUGGGGAUGCUUUUCGUGGGUAUCGACAGGAAGACAACCAGAAUUCAAUGCCGUUCAGCACAUUUGACAUUGACAAUGAUGGCUGUGCUCCCUUUUGUACAAUUGAUGGCUAUGCAGUGGAAAGCUGCAGCAAUAAACACAACAAAACUGGAUGGUGGUUUAAUCAGUGCGGCAUGGCUAAUCUGAACUCGGAUUCUCUUGACGCAGACAGCUCUGUUCACCCGACCCUGCGCUGGGAUACUUGGACUCACAAUGGAAUUGCCGUCAAAAUCAAAUCUGUUACCAUGAAAAUAAGGAGAGUAUACAAUCCACAUUUCAGUUAAAGGUCUUCUGUAAAUGGUGCUACCUGCUAGCUAUGGCGGAACAAUUAUGGAAAAAUCAGGUUAGUGUUGUAUCAAAAGAAAACCAAUGGUAAAAAUGGUAAUCUUGAAGAGUGAUUUUUGGUAUAAUUUUAAUUUUACAAGAUCUUAUUUGUCCCUGUAGGGAAGUGAGCAGGCUCUGUUUAAAAAAAUAAAUGUUGAAAAGUUA